AGAGGCGGAGUCUCCUCUUCUUAUAUAAGUACAAAUAUCUUCGUGGCGUAAUCAAACAUCAGUAGAGAGAGAAAGUGGGAGAAGGUAGAGAGAGAAGGGGAGCUGCAACAAGUGAGUAUAGAAAUGGCUGACAAUACGAGGAACUCCACCGGCGGUCAAUUAAGUGAUUUUCCGGCUGUUCCGACACAUGGAGGUCUGUUUUUCCAACACAACAUCUUCGGAAAUCUCUUUGAGAUCACAGCGAAGUACCGGCCUCCGAUCAUGCCGAUCGGUCGUGGCGCAUACGGGAUCGUCUGCUCGGUGUUGAAUUCGGAGACGAAUGAAAUGGUAGCAAUCAAGAAAAUAGCGAACGCCUUCGAUAAUCACAUGGAUGCGAAGCGUACGCUUCGGGAGAUUAAGCUUCUUCGCCAUUUGGAUCACGAAAACGUUAUAGGUAUAAGAGAUGUAGUCCCUCCUCCUUUAAGGAGAGAAUUUUCUGAUGUCUACAUUGCCACGGAACUCAUGGACACUGAUCUGCACCAAAUAAUUCGCUCCAACCAAGGUUUAUCAGAGGAGCACUGUCAAUACUUCUUGUACCAGAUACUUCGUGGACUGAAAUAUAUACACUCCGCAAAUGUGAUUCAUAGAGAUUUGAAGCCCAGCAACCUCUUGCUGAAUGCGAAUUGUGAUCUAAAAAUUUGUGAUUUUGGUCUUGCUCGUCCAACUGCAGAGAAUGAGUUCAUGACGGAAUAUGUUGUUACGAGAUGGUACAGGGCACCUGAACUACUGCUGAAUUCUUCAGAUUACACUGCUGCAAUUGAUGUCUGGUCUGUGGGUUGCAUUUUUAUGGAGCUUAUGAACAGAAGGCCUUUAUUUGCGGGUAAAGACCAUGUGCAUCAAAUGCGCUUAUUGACAGAGCUUCUUGGCACACCCACUGAGUCUGAUCUUGGGUUUGUUCGGAAUGAUGAUGCAAGAAGAUAUAUCAUGCAACUCCCCCAACAUCCCCGCCAGCCGUUAGUAAAGGUUUUCCCACAUAUUCAUCCACUGGCCAUUGAUCUCAUUGAUAGAAUGUUGACAUUUGAUCCGACUAAAAGAAUUACUGUUGAAGAAGCAUUAGCCCAUCCUUACCUUUCAAGAUUACAUGAUACAGCUGAUGAACCAGUUUGCCCAGAGCCAUUUUCCUUUGAAUUUGAGCAACAAGCUCUGGUAGAAGAACAGAUGAAGGAUAUGAUUUACCAGGAGGCUUUAUUUUUCAAUCCAGGUUACGCUUAAUACAAAUGAAGCAUCCACCCAUCCGGUGAAUCUCCAAGUGGGAGUGUUAAAUAACUAAAAAGUAAAAACACUACUGUGAUUUGAAGGUUGCACCCAGUAGAGGAAACUCGGACAAGACAGUAAAAAAGAAAAAAAAGGCAGUUUGUAGACAAAAAAUUGAGAAUAUUCUGCCGAUUGUGCGUCUUGUGACUGGUCAUCAGGGGGACUAGGCCUUGCUGUUAAUUUUAUAAGGUCAGCCCAUUCCCUUGGUUUAUUAUGUAUUUUGCUUUCAUGUGUUUGAGAGAUAUGUUCUCUCGUUUUCCUUUUUUUCUUCUGUACCAUGUGCACAUGUGUAGAAGAUUGGAUGAGUGUAAGCGUUAAGCACAUUAAUGAAAUUAACCUAUUAUUUUGUUCUUCAGA